AAGUGGGCAUUCUUACCUCUACUUUUUACACAGGGAAGACAUAACCUAGAGAAGGUGGAUGAUUGAUAUAAACUGCAUAGCGUGACAGAAGACAUGGAGCCAGAGCUCAGAUCUGUGCACUGCCCCGAAACAAGAGGCCCCCAGCACUGUGGGAGCACUCACCAGAGAACUAAUGUAUGCUUUAUGUGAACGGGGAUGGGAGAGUAUCUGACAGCAAGUAGCCUCUUUCAGUGUUUUGUCCCCACUCCCCUCCCAACAGCAACAAAAAAAAAACAAGCCCUACCUUCAAGAAGCUUCCAGCCUGACUGGGGAGAUGAGGAUUGGAAUGCAUACAGAAACAAAGUGAAGCUCGAAUGAGCUCUAUGGGUCCCGGGGAGAGGCUGGUCUGGAAAUGAGGGGUGAAGUUUGUUUAGAAGCCAGUAACAGAUUAGUUCACAAGAGAAACAGGUGAUGCUCAGGGGCUAUGGAAAGUGAGGAGAUGAAGGGAGAAUCACUAAUAAUUCCAUGCAUCUGUGUGUUCCUUUAUAAUUAUCAUCACAAGUGAAGACCAUGAGCCAGGCUGAAGAAUUUGAAAAAAGAGGUAGCAGGUGCCUCUGAGUAUUUCCCAGUCGGAGACCCCCACUGCCAUGGAGUCAAUCCCGACUCAUAGCGACCCUAUAGGACAGAGUAGAACUGUCCCAUAGGGUUUCCAAGGAGCAAGAAGCUAUAGAUUCGAACUGCCCACCUUUUGGUUAACAGCCAACCACUGUGCCACCAGGGCUCCUCCCAAUAGAGAAAUUAUUGAAAAAGCUGUUUGUCAACAGUCUUUGGUAGACAACUGACACAGAUAAGGAGCCCGAGCCUCCUUCGGAGAGUAGGAAAGACAGUGGUGGUCUUCACUGUGUUGUGGGCAGGAUCCAGAAAAAGAUAAGAAAGGAAGUGGCUGAAAGCUAAAUACCAGAGCCUGCAAUGAGAGAUUUUGGAGGUGGGGACGAGACUCUGAAGGCAGAACAUUUUGCCGAAUUUUCACAAUUAACCCAUUCUGAUUUCUAACCAAAGAAGAGUCUAACUCGCCUCCAUGCUAGCAAUAGGAGGCCAACUAGAUCAGCCCCUUUCUGAAUGCAGCCUCAGCUCAGCCCCACUUGUAAACUGGUGAUCAGAGAAAUAUUAGAAGCAGCAGGGUGGUGAAUAUUUGAGUGCCUGCUCUGCGCUAGAUGCUUUGCAUUAAGGCAUUUUCUGUAAUCUGACAGCGGGAGUUGCUGCCUCGUUUUAUUGAUAAUGAACUGAAGUUUAGUUUAAGACACUUGCCCAAGUCAUAGAGAAAAGGCAAGAGCUGGGAUUAAAACAGUUCACAUUCAAGUGGCCGAUAGACACAUGAGGAAAUGCUCACGAUCUCUACCCAUUAGAGAAAUCCGGAUCAAAACCACGAUGAGAUACCAUCUCACCCCGGCAUUACUGGCACGAAUCAAUAAAACAGGAAAUAAAAUGUUGGAGAGGCUGCGGGGAGACAGGAACUCUUAAGGACUGCUGGUGGGAAUGCAAAAUGGUACAACCAUUUUGGAAAACGAUAUGGCGCUUCCUUAGAAAACUAGAAAUAGAAAUACCAUAUGAUCCAGCAGUCCCACUCCUAGGAAUAUAUUCCGAGAGAAAUAAAAGCCUUCACACGAAUAGACACACGCACACUCACGUUCACUGCAGCACUGCUCACGACAGCAAAAAGAUGAAACAACCUAGGUGCCCAUCAACAGAUGAAUGGAUAAACAAACUGUGCUACAUACAAACAAUGGAAUAUUACGCAACAAUAAAGAACAAUGAUAAAUCUGUGAAGCAUCUCAUAAUCAUAACAUGGAUGAUCUGGAGGACAUUAUGCUGAGUGAAAUAAGUCAAUCACAAAAGGACAAAUGUAUGAAAUGACCGCUGUAAAAACUCAUGAAAAGGUUUACAUACAAAAAGAAACAAUCUUUGAUGGUUACGGAGGAGGGGUGGGGAUGGAAAAACACUGGUGAAGGGUAAGACAGUACACAAUACUGGGGAAGCCAGCACCACCUAUACAAGGCAAGGUCAUGGUAGUUCCGUAGACACACCCAAACUCCCUGAGGGAUGGAAUUGCUGGGCUGAGGGCUGUGGGGACCAUGGUCUCAGGGAACAUCUAGCUCCAAUGGCAUAUAAUAGUUUAUAAAGAGUAUGUUCUACAUUCUGCUUUGGUGAGUAGCGCCUGGGGUCUUAAAAGCCUGUGAGCGGCAAUCUCAGAUACUCCACUGGUCUCACCCCUUCAGGAGCAAGGAAGAAUAAAGAAAACUAAAGAUACAACAGAAAGAUUUAGUCCAAAGGACUAGUGGACAACAACUACCACGGCCUCCACCAGACUGAGGCCAGUACAACUAGAUGGUGCCCGGCUACUACCACUAACUGCUCUGACAGGGACCACAAUAGAGGGUCCCAGACAGAGCUGGAGAAAAAUGUAAAACAAAAUUCUAACUCAGAAAGACCAGACUUGCUGACCUGACAGAGUCUGGAGAAACCCUGAGAGUGUGGCUCCCAGACACCCUUUCAGCUCAGUAAUGAGGUCACUUCUGAGGGCCACCCUUCAGCCAAAGAUUGAACAGGCCCAUGGAACAAAACAAGACUAAAGGGGAGCACCAGCCCUGGGGCAGGGACUGGAAGACAGGAGAGAACAGGAAAGCUGGUAAUAGGGAACCCAGGGUUGAGAAGGGAGGGUGUUGACAUGUUGGGUUAUUAGCCAGUGUCAUAGGACAAUGUGUGUACUAACUGGUGAGACACUGAUUUGUUCUGUAAACCUACACCUAAAGUACAAUUAAAAAAAAAAAAAAAAAAACCGUUCUGUCUGACCAGCACCAGUCUUCCCAAUGCCUCAUCCGUCCUCAAAACCCUGCUCCUCUGUGCCACUGUCAGAACAGGCAAGGAACAGAAAGUGAUGCAAGAUCAACUUCGCACAGAAGAACCAUCUACGUAUGGACUUUGAAGAAGCAGUCAACUAAAAAAAAAAAAAAAGCAACAGUCAACUAUAAGAUGUGAUACAAUCACGUAAUGGUAGUAACUCCCACGUUCUAUGCCUGGGACCAGCCGUGAGACAAGCUUACAAAAAGGCUCAGCUUAGGCAUUAAUGAAGAAGACCUACAACAUCACAUCCAGAACAAAACCUGUCCUAAUCUAUAAAUCUAAAGUAUAAACUGGUUUCUAGGUGCUAUGCUUUAAAGAGGGGGGCAUCUCCCCUUGAGCAGAAAAGUCUAAAGAGCGGAAGAAUAAACUGUCUUCAAACAUACGAAGGGCUGUUAUACAUGAAAGAGAUUAGAGAUGUUCUGUGUGAUGCAAUGGGACAAACUAAGAUGACUGGUGAUUUCACAGGGGGACUAAAGCCGGCUUAGUACAAGGAUAAAACUGUCCGAAGGCUCAGGAAAUGGUAAGUUCCCCGAGACCGGGGUGUACGAGGAUAAUCACAGCUAACAUUUUAAGGACACUUGCCCCAAGGCUCAGGAAAUGGUAAGUUCUCCGAGACCGGGGUGUACGAGGAUAAUCACAGCUAACAUUUUAAGGACACUUGCCCCAUGCCAGAUCCUGUGCUGAAUGGAUUACAACAAGUAUUUCAAUGAAUCCUCACCACAGCCCUAGGAAGUAGUUCCUGUUAAUGUCCCCGUGUUUUAGGUGAGGAAACUGAAGUUCAGAGAGGUUAUGCUGGUUGCCCAAGGUGAGGCUGAUUCAAAGCCUCCAGCAUACGCUAGACAACCACCCUGGUGGGGGUGCUGAAGAAAGGAUUCCGGCAUUAAGAGGGAAACUGAAGGAUCCCAUCCUGAGAAACACUGACUCUGAAUUUUCCCAAGGCAGAACACAAUGAUAGCCCAAUCCAACAGUAUCCCACCACUACCCUUCAAUGACCCUGAGACUCCUUGGAGUCAGGGCCCAAGGACUACCCCAUCCCACCCCCCUAAGUUCCUCUUUUAAAGAGCUCUCAUCUAGAAAAAUGGAAACCCUGGUGGCAUAGUGGUUAAAAGUUUGGCUGUUAACCAAAUGGUGGCAGUUUGAAUCCCCCAGACACUCCUUAGAAUCCCUAUGGGGCAGUUCUACUCUGUCCUAUAGGAUCACUAUGAUUUAGAAUCUACUCAAUGGCAACGGGUUUUAUUCUAGAAAAGAGAAAUGGCCAGACCUGACAGUAAGGGACCAAGACCACAGGGUGGCAGCAGUGGUUCAGCUGCAGAGAAAGAUGACGUAGGUCCUAAGCCGCACUCAAGUGAAGAUGGGGGUCUAUGAAGAUUUGACCUCACCCUCUGGGGAAGGACAGGCUGGGUCAUCCAGGCCAACCUAGAGUCUCACCCUCACCCAGCUCUGAUCCUGGCUUUUGCCUCUCUCCCUCUGUUCCAGGACCUAGCCUGCCCUCCUGUUAGGAUUUUCUCUGUGCUUUAUUCCAGGAGUGAUAAAAAAAGAGGUGAUCAAUUGGAGCUCUCCAAACUGUUGAGGGAUUGGGGGUUCUUGUAAGGCCCCCCAGGGCCUGGCUCUGACAAAGCAUCUGCAAUUAAUGAUUCUUCUUGAGCUCUGGAGACAGGAUUUAUGCAUCUAAUAAAGUCUGUAACUUCAGGCUUAGGGGCUGGGGGCCGGAGGCUGAAAGCAGGGAGUCCCAGGUGGCUCCUAAUGGAGCCGUGCAUUUCCAUUGCCUGCUCUAGAUUCCCCCUCAGGCAGCUGUGGGCGGGGGGCCAAAGGGGAGAGCAGGUAUAAGAGGCGGGUGUGGCUGUAGGAAGGUGGAUGGCAGCAUGGAUUCCAGGCGGGUAGCCGUGCUGCUGGUGGUGCUGCUGCUAGUAACUGACUGGGGCCACGCUGAAGGACCAGGGGGCCAGGAUGAAGGAGACCAGAUCUCAGUGGAGGAAGACAAGGGACUCCACCCACUGCAGGACGCCCACACCCCUGGGUCACUCUUGCGCUCCCUGCUCCAGGCCAUGCAGAGACCAGGCCGGAGCUCAGCCUUCCUGUUUCAGCCUCAGAGGUUUGGAAGAAAUACCCGGGGAACCUGGAGCAACGAAUGGCUGAGUCCCCGGGCUGGGGAGGGGCUGAGCUCUCAGUUCUGGAGCCUGGCCAUCCCCCAACGCUUUGGAAAGAAGUAACAUGUCAUGCCCUGAUAUGUUUGCAUGCAAGACCCACACCUAAGUGCCAUGUGUCCCCCAAAUAAAAAGUCUGGCUUCUGAAUCCAAGUGUCUGUGACUCUAACAAGCUGGGAGGGAGCCCCCGUCAUCUCCACCAAACCGAACUCACCAGGAAUGCAGCUGACAAGGGAUCCUGGACAUUACCGUA